AUGUCAAAAGCACCAGAAAACAAGCCAACGCCAAUAACAGAGGGGCAAGAUGUUGUACCUAAAAAGAACAGACAUAUUAUCACACCAUUAGAAGAACAACAGGAGAAAUUAAACCGCCUGUUCCAAAAGAUUGAUAAACCAGUAUACAUUCCUGAAAGACCUGUCGAGAAGAAUGAACUUCAAGCACCCAAGGACUUUGUACGCAAUGUGUCAGGUUCUAGCGCUGGUGCUGGUAGUGGUGAUUUCCAUGUAUACAGAGCCCAGAGAAGACGUGAAUACGCUCGUAUGAAGAACAUGGAUGAUCAAGAACGAAAAGAAAGGGAGGAUAACGAAUAUAGUGAGAAAUUACGACGUCUUCGUGAAGAGGAUGAAGAACGCACAGCAAAGAAAAGAGCAAAGCGUCAAAAACGUAAUAAAAAUAAGAAAUCAGCAGAUAAAGAUAGUAGUAAGAAUAAAGAAUAA